AUAAAUUACUACUUUAAUUCUAAAAGAAUAUUUCUAUAUAAUAUUAGUUAUCUACUAGAUAUAAAGAUAUUUAUUUUAUAUUAUUUCUGUUCCAAAGAGAAGAAGAUUUAUAAUUUAAUAAAUUUUAUAUACUCUGUAUUAUAUAUAUAUAAUUUAUUAAUAUUUAUUAAGCCUGUGACUGGCUUUUUAAAAAAUAUUUAUAAUUUUAUUAAGAUUAUUAAAUAG